UUGAAAAUUUCAGCGGAGUUUUCCACUUGAAUGUUUCCUAACCCUCGCUCUCAAAAUAAGCAAACGUCUGUGUCUCUGUGUGUCUAUCUCAUGAGACCUGAAAAUCUACUGAAACAACAAGAAGAAGCCCUGACAACCCAGAAGUGCAGCGUGGGCUGUCCGGUGCUGGACCGGUUCCUCCGCGGCGGCAUCCCCUGCAACUCCAUCACGGAGCUGGUGUCGGAGAGCGGCUGUGGCAAAACCCAAUUCUCCCUUCAACUCCUCCUCUCCGCCCAGCUCCCCCUCUCCCUCGGCGGCCUCUCCUCCUCCUCUCUCUACCUCCACUCCGAAUUCCCAUUCCCUCUCCGCCGCCUCCAACAACUUUCCCAUUCCUUUCGCUCCUCUCAUCCCACCCUUUUCUCUUCUCACGACCCUUGUGACCGCAUUUUCCUCCACCCUCUUCACUCCGCACACCAACUGCUCGAUCUAUUGCACAACAAGAUCGAGUCUCUUCUAUCCAAUCCUCCCCCCAAUACCCAUUUACCCAUUAAGCUCAUUGUCAUUGAUUCCAUUGCAGCCCUGUUUAGAUCCGAAUUUGAUAACAACCCUUCUGAUCUUAAGCGCAGAUCUUCUCUUUUUUUCAACAUCUCUACCAAGUUGAAGUCAUAUGCCAAUAGGUUUGGUCUUGCUGUUGUCGUUACAAACCAGGUGGUUGAUUUUGUGGGUUCUUCUGACGGGUUGAAUGGGCUUAGGGUGGGGAAUUUGGCUUGUUUGUAUUCAUCUGGGAGACGGAUUUGCCCUGCUUUGGGCCUUUCAUGGGCCAAUUGCGUUAAUUCAAGGCUCUUCUUGUCCAGAAAUGAGGAGGUUUUAGGCAAAGAGACUGGUUUGGUUGAUGAUGAUGGUUUUGUCCAAAAACGAACAAAGCGGCAAAUUCAUGUUGUUUUCGCGCCUCAUUUGCCUGAAUCGUCUUGUGAGUUUGUGAUCGUGAAAGAAGGGGUUUUUGGGCUUGAAAGAUAAUUCAUUAUCUUUCUUUAAUAAAGGAAAUUUGAGUUGUUUGAAUUCAUCUGGAAGACGUGUUGGUCCUACUUUAGGAUUAUCAUGUUAAUUCAAGCUUGGUUUUUUGGUGAAAUGAGGAUAUAAUAGUGUGUGAAGAGACUUGUUUGGCUGAUGUGGGUGGUGUUGAUUUCAUCCAAAGACUAAUAAAGUGGCAACGUCAUGCUGUUUUUGCACCUCAUUUUCCUGAAUCAAUCUUAGGAGUUUGUGAUUGUACAAGUUGUGGUUUUUGGGGCCGUAAGAAAAUGAUCGUUCUUUGAAAGAGGUACAAUGUAGGAACAUCAGCCAUAGUUUUGAGUUUCUGUUCAUUUAUCAAAGAGAGGCAAAAGAAAUUUCUAUUUUAUGGUUCUUCAAUAUAACUUUAGUUUUAGUGCAAUGAAAUAGAGCUAUUUUGUUUCAUGUGUACUUAUGUAAAUUGAAAUCCUAAAGUAUUUGCACAUUGACAUUCUUUCUUUUCCUUCCUCAGUUUUUAUUGGGUGAUUUUGUAAUUCAGGCUGAUGGUGUACUCAUUGAAUGAUCUCAAAAAAAAUACUCACUUGUUCAUUGA